AGGGCCAAAGACUCAGUGGCCGAUUGACUGUCGAACUGCGCGGUCCGGUAAUUCUUGCCGAUAUAAUUCCAGCAAAAAAGAACCCCCCCAACACAUCCCCUCCAGGAGUUUUUCAUUAAAAAAAUCUGGCCAAAUUAUUCCGUUUCGCGAUUGGCCCAUGAUAAUCGAAUGAUCAAUUUUGUUUCGUGCGUGCACGAGUGAAAAUGUCGAUGGCGUAAUCGAGUUUACCCCCCUGGAUUGUUUAUCUGACAUUUUUGAGGUGUGAAGAGGGAGUGGAGGGGUUAAGAACCCCAGGGGGUCGAUAAUUUUGGCGAGUUUGGGUCGAGGGUCAGGGGGACUUUCCAGUGGUUUAACUGUUUCAUUCGGAUUUUCGCCAUGUCCGGAAUUCCGCAUAUGUCCGGGGGCCUCUCCAAGCUCAAGAAGAAGCACUUUCGUGUCAAGCACCAAAAGGUCAAGCUUUUUCGUGCCAAUGAGCCACUCCUCAGUGUUUUCAUGUGGGGUGUCAAUCACACGAUAAAUGAAUUGAGUCAUGUGAAUAUACCUGUGAUGCUCCUACCGGAUGAUUUCAGGGCUUACAGCAAACUCAAAGUCGAUAAUCAUCUCUUUAACAAAGAAAACAUGCCAUCACACUUUAAAAUUAAGGAAUACUGUCCUCUCGUGUUUCGAAAUUUGCGCGAGAGAUUUGGAAUUGACGAUUUGGACUACAAGGAAUCAAUGACAAGAUGUCGUGCAUUUAAUCCUUCGCGUCUCAAGCGACGUUCAAGAAUAACCGAUAAACCAGAAUUGUCCACAAGCAACGAGAUAUCCAUGAAACAACGACAAAUGGUACAACGUUCAGCCACUGUUCCUACGAUAAAUGUAACAACACCGGGAAAUAAUACGUCUAAAUUACUGAAUAUAAAUAAGCCACAGCGUACCUACAGUUUUAAGCCAAAACGACUGAGGUCACAACCAACGCUGGAUGAUUCAUCAGGAAAGAGUGGAGCCAAGUUUUAUCAGUCUUAUGACAAAUUAUUUAUUAUCAAGACUAUGACGAGUGAGGAGGUGGAGAGAAUGCACUCGUUUCUCAAACAUUAUCAUCCAUACAUAGUGGAGAGACACGGAAAGACCCUGCUCCCCCAGUACCUGGGUAUGUACCGGCUGACAGUUGACGGAGUGGAGCACUACGUAGUGGCAAUUCGAAACGUCUUCUCGAACCACUUGACAACGCACAGGAAGUUCGACCUGAAGGGUUCGACAGUUGAUCGCGAGGCAUCUGACAAGGAGAAGGAGAAGGAUCUCCCCACGUACAAGGACAACGACUUUGUCAAGGAAGGAAUGAAGAUCUACAUAGGUGAGGAGGCAAAAUCUAAGCUGAUAGAGACCCUCACAGCAGACGUGGACUUUCUAACGAGGCUUCACUUGAUGGAUUACUCGUUGCUGCUGGGCCUUCACGACUGUGCGAGGGCUGAACAGGAGAACAGGGAGAGGGCAGAGAGGGAGGAGGACGAGGAGAAUCACGACGACGAGGAUGACAGCGAGUCUGGCAGUGGAUUGGACUCCAGGGGACCUGGGGUAGACAGGGUCUGGGGCUGGUCUGGGGUCACGGGAAUGACAACACCACCAGAGUCACCUCAUGCUGCUCUCAUGAGGGAUGCCAGCCUCCAGUAUGAUGAUGCCAUUAUACCAGAGCUGGAUAUCUACGCCAUUCCCAGCAAGGAGGGGGCUAACAACAAGGAGAUUUAUUUUCUGGCUAUUAUCGACGUGCUGACGCAUUAUGGGGUCAGAAAGCAAGCUGCUAAGGCUGCAAAAACUGUUAAAUAUGGGGCUAAUGUUGAUGGAAUAUCCACUUGUGAUCCUGAACAGUAUGGGAAGAGGUUUAUCGAGUUCAUGAGCAAAGCUAUUGAGUAAGGAGGAGAUUUUUGGAGUGUUUGGAGAGUUUCGAGGGGAUUUUUUGGGCUUGGGGGAUGGCAUUGGUCAAAGUGAGGGUUUGGCUGGGAUUUUGAGGGAGUUGAGGGCAGGAGACGAUUUUUGGGGGUAUUUUUUUUCUAGGAAAAAGGUCAGAGGCUCAGGAAACGUCUCAAUAAGAAUUUUCAUAAGUCUCUUAAAUUCAAAGAAAUUCCAGGAAAACUGGUGAACAAAAUUGAAUUCAGUUGAUACUGAGGUUUUUAAUAAAUAUCUUCGAAUUUAAGGGAAGUACAAGAUUUAAAAAAACACUCUUUCUUUGUAGAGGAAAUUGAAAGGUAAAACACAACUAUCAAUAAAACCGAUACUGAUAACUUCGUCAGAUUCUAAGAAAUUAAAAAAAACUGAUGGCAGUAACUGGAUUUAAUCUAAUGCAGAUAAAAAAUUCCUUAUCACGAAAAUUUUUUGGAUAAAAAAAGUCUGACCUUCAAAAAACGUCUCGAUAAAAAUUUUCUUGCAUCUCUUAAAUGCAAAGAAUUCAAGAAAACGAUGAAGACGACUGAAUGCAGUCGAUCCUGAUAUUUCAGAGAAUAUCUUCUCAUCUGUAGAAAAAAUCAAAAGCUACAAAAAUCGAAUUGUUCCCAAGUAAAACUGACUAAUCCUGUCUGACUACUCAAUUAAUCAUUGAUCCUCAUCACGGUAUUAUCAUUGAUCAACAGCCUAUCUUAUCUCCUCACUCCUAACGUCGAGUUUCUUCAUCUUCACAUGAGGAAGAAUAGGAAUUUCCGUAUUUGCUCUUGUGAUUAAUGUUCUUUUUUUAGCUUUGAGUGUGAGACACUUGUUGAAAGGAAAAAAUUAAUGAUCGGUACGAAAGGAUUAUUCGAAUGAAGAAGAGACAGAGAUUUUGGAACAAAUCAAUAAUACAAUAGGAAUAAAUGUUGACUUGAACCUAUUGAGAAAGAAAAAAACACUAUUAAUCAUUACUCCUAUUGAUAAACGUUUUUUAUAAUUCAUGAGAAGUUUAAUCGAUAAAUGCCCAAACUUAAUAUAAAAUUUAUUUUUUAAAGAUUUAAGGUGAAACCACUAUCUAGUCCUCAAUUUUUAUUUCGCGUCUAAUUAAUUCCUCCUGCAAAUCUCUUGUUUUUUUUCUAUUUUUUCUGAAAUUGUUACUUCUAGAAUUGAAUGUCAACGUUUCGUUGCAUGUUCGUUGUUUCAGAACGUUCAGUAAACAUGAAAAUAAUUGAUAAAAUGUUCAGAUGUAAGGAAAAAAUGCAAAAAUACGCUCAAUCGUUUCUAUUUUGCGUCCUAGACUUAAGAAAUUUAAUUAAGAAGAAUAUUCUAAUUUUUUGUUUUCUUUUUUCUAACGUCGAAAUUUUUUUUGUACGAAAAAACUAUGUUCACUCUUUGCUUGUUCAUAUCAACGGUUGCCAAUGCUAUUAUUUUUGUGCUGUUGGGGAAGAUGAAAAUUCAGCAACAGUUUUUUUUCCCACUAAUUUACACGACACAAUAAACAAAUUUAACACCUAAAAACACUUUGAAUUGUUCGAGUUUGAUUCAAAAAUUCAAUUGAAUCGAUUAUUUUCCACGAAACAACCAUUUUUCAGUGACAAUACGACUCCUUUGUUCAUAAAUUUUUCACGAUUAACAACACAGAGACACAAUUUGAAUAAAAAAAAAUGAAAAAGUUGUUUUAAUCAAUAAAAAAAAAUUGCAUAAGAUAAAUAAAUUGUUGUAUAUAUAUUCAGUAUUCACCGGUCGGUAACAUGUGCCGGCUAGAUUGUCCAGGAAUUAUAGCGAUUAAUGAAUGAAUUGAAAACCGAAAGAAGGAGGUAUGAAGAUAAUAAAGGAAAUUACGAAUUAAA